AGCUGAGGAGGAGGCGAUCGUUUCUCGUGUUUUUUUUGUUUUUCAAACCGUCAUACGUAUCCUUUCACGACACACUCACUGGCCCCUCUAACUCACAUCCAACACCACCGCCAGCACCAAUUCAAACAAACUCAACCAACCUUUUCUUUUUUUCAUCCGAUAGCUACUUCAUCUUCUCGUAGUUCUACGUCAUGCCGAAGCGUCACCGUCAGCCGGAGCCGAUUGAUAUCCAGAGCACCGCACACCACAGCCACCAUACCGCCAACGCAUCUCCACACAACAAGAACUCCUUUACGCAGUCCAGCACCACCUCCGAUGUAUCGUCCUCGCUAAAGUCCACGAGCAGCGCUGUGGACGGGUCGCGUGACGACCCCCUUUACUCCCCACAGGAGCAGAAGCUGGUGGAGGAGACGCGCAGUAAGGCGGUAGACUUCCCUGCCACGCCCGAAACGCUGGCGCGCCACCGCCGCCGGCAGGAGGCGGUCGCUAAGCGGCGGCGUGCGUCGUACGACCGCGAUGGCCAGCCCCUGAGCAAGGACGACGCCGCGGUCUCCACCGACAGCCGGAGAGGUACACUACGCACCGCGAAGGGUCAACGAGGCUCGACCCUUCUCCCCUCUUCCUCUCCGGCUGCAAACGGCUCUGACCCCGCCAGCGACGACGACGACGGCGGUGUGGAUGACGAUGACGCCAGCGAACUCAGCUCGAAUGACUACGUUGGCGACGAUGGCAACCAACCGAGCACCGACUCCGAACUCGACAGCGAGAAGGAGGACGACGAGGCAGAGUUGCGAGGGCUGCACAAGGCCAUGGCGGCGGCGGCGGCGCAGCGUCGUCGUGCCGGUGCGAAGGACAACCGAAACCCGGAGUCCAGCGACAGUGCGGAUGAAAAUGGUAGCAGCAGCAGCAGCAAUUCGGAGACGCAUGAAAGUGGUGAUGGCUUUGAUGACCCGUCGGACGAGGAUGAAGAGGGGGCUAGCGACGAUGUUGAUAAUGCAGAAGAAAGCUCGAGCGACGGUGACUUCUCCGUGCAGGACGAAGAGGCUGUCGAAGAGGCAGACAGGGCGGAGCAGCGCCAUAGCGACGGCGACGACGAGGAGGAAGACGGCCCCGACGGUGGCGGCCUCAUCACGAUCGACUUUGGUGUUUUUGAAAUGGAAGCGUCGAACGUUGACGGCCUCAUCCACCUGAUGGAUCAACUGUGCCCAGACAAGAUGAACGAGGUGGACCGCGACGGUCUCGGCCUGGCCCUGCUCGAGAGCCCCUUCACCAGCGUGGUGCGCCUGCAAAACAACGGAGACGACGCCACCGGUGAUGAGGCGCAGGAGUUCUACGGACUCUCCUCGGUGCUUGACGUCGCGCAUGGGCAGCAGCUGUACCCGACGGCGCUGCGGCCCUUGUGUGAGCUGUUGCAGCAGCACGUGUGGCGCCAUGCCGCCGCUGGCAUCCCGCCGACGGACAUCCUCACCAGCGUCGUGGACGACGACGAGCACGUUUCGAUGUCGCGCGCAAAGUGCCUAUUGCUCAUCUCGGAGUACAUCCGCAACAUCCCGCUGGAGCUGACGGUGCAAAUUCUGGAAGACGUCUUGAACCGCCUCGAUGCAACGGGCAGCGCGGAAAACAAGCAGAAGCAGCAAACCGGGGCCACGCACGAGAGCCCCAUUUUUUCCACGCAGCCCAGUAUGCUUGCGGUGCUGGCCAAGGUGCAACGCCCGACGGAUGCGCCGGUGACACUGCCGAAAGGCGGAAAGCAACAGCUGGCGAGCCCCGCCGUUUCUGGAGAUGCUGGGGAGUCGUCGUCAUCCUCGCCGUCCACCGCAGCUUCUUCCAAGAGGCAUCACCACGGAAAGAAAACUGAGAAGCCGACGGGCACGAGCAGUGGCACCAUGGCUGCUCCCGAGGCCCCGCUUGACCUCGCGAACUUCAUUUUCUGGCGUGAGGAGGACAGCAUCCUGUACGACUAUCGCGACAAGCGUGUCGCUGCACUCGUCUAUCGCUGCCGCCCGCAGUACGACGGACAGGCGGAGCAUGAGAUUCCGCUGUCGGUUCUUUUUGUGUUGCAGUACGGCGCGGCGCGGCAGGCGGUGGAGGAGAUGAAGCGGCGACAGACCGCCAACACGGUUAUUGAGCGGUAUUAA